AUGAUUAUUGAUGAGCGAUUUUUAUUUUUUUAUUCUAUGGUUCGAUCAAGGAGUUUAACUCACAUCGAUCAAAUAGAACAGGGACAAAGAGGAAGUGGAAUUUUUUAUCAAGGAAUGAAUUCAGAAAAAAGUGGGGAGCAACAGCAACAGCAGCAACUUUCCGUUCCGACAAGUGUCAGCGGCAAACACAGAAGGCAGAUGCUUUCUCGUUCGGAGGUAAUUUAA